AUGGAUGCUUUUGGAUUAUUCUAUAAAAAAUUAGAGAAAUUUAAAGAUUAUCCUCAUGAUCUUUUGGAGAAUAUAGAAAAUAUAAUAAAAAUUUUAAACAAUGAGAUUUUGGACAUUUAUUUUGAUUCUAAUAUAAUUUAUUUAGUCUCUAUUAAAGAUUCUAUUAGUGAGGCUAAAUAAAUUCACAGUUUAAUAUUUAGAACUUUAUAAAUAAUAACUAAUGAUAAUAUAAUAUGGGGCUAUUUGACAGGUAAAAUUUUAAAACAGGAAUUUCAAAUAUCGAUCAACUAAAAAUAACUUAGAUCAACAUCACUCUUGGAGUAAUAUCUAUAAUAUAACGCCCGUUUGGAAGGUUGUCUUCAAUUUUAAUAAGAUAUUUCAACAUUUUUUCCUCUUUUCUUUUAAGAUGAUGAUUUUAGAAUUUGCCUUUCAACAUGUGUAAUUUAAAAUUUUAAGAACUUUUAUGCUCUGGUUUGUUCAUACGAAUUAAUUACUAAUAAAAAUAAAGAAUUAAAAUUUCAGGUAUAUAAGGAUACCAAGGAUUAAAAAUUGACUGAUUUAAUAGACAAAAUACUUGCUUGUAGCUAAAUUGAAGAAAUAAAAUCUAGGAAUUCUCUUAUUUAAGGAGCAAUUAUUCAAAAAUUAUUUUUAUUUAUGCAAAGAGGUUAUAUCGAAAUGUUGAGGUUAUACAAAACUGUCCAAAGCCCUAUUCACUAUUAGCUAUUUAGCGUGGUUUCAGAUUUGAUAUUGGAAAUGUAAUAAUUCAUACUAAUUUAGACCGUUGAUUGACUUUCCAUCCCUAUAAAUAUGCAACUCUUAUAGUUAUGGAAUAGAAUUAAUGGCAAAAUGUGAAAAAGCCAUUAAUGAGCAAAUUAAUUAAAUUCAAGAGAUUCUCUAAGAAGAUUUUAGUGCUUUUAAAAUUCAAUUAUUAAAUCCAAAAUCAAUUGGAUUUUAGAAACUAUUAAACGAAUCUUUAUUAAUUUAUUCAUUAACAAGGAGACACCCAUGUUAGCAAUUGAAAAACUGUGUUUUAUAUUAUCCCUCAGAUGUUCAAUAAAAAGAAUUGUGUCUUAAUUACUCCGUAAUUAUAUCCUAAAAAAUUUUAUCCUCUUUUAGAUAUGAUUUAAAAUAAAUCCUAUUAAUAUUUGAUCAUUUACAUUCCUUUGAUGCUUAGAAUAUUUUAAGAUUAAUUUUGCACUAUUACCUUAAUAAUUUAAUAAAUUCUUUUGUUUUAAAAUACUAAUCACCAAUACAAUUAAUAGCAUUUAAUUAAGUCUUGAGUGACCGAAAUUUUAUUACUGUAUUGUCAAUAUAUUUGCUUAAUUUUUCAAAUUCUUAAGAUGCAUAUAAUAAUAUCCAAGAGUUAAGUGGAUUAGAUAAGACCUAGUUCAAUUAAAUUAUGCAUCAAAUUUUAAGACGGACUUUGUUAAAUUAUAUCAUUUUUUAAUCACCUAUAUGUUUUGAAUAUUAUAAGGGAGAUUAAGAUUAUUGGAAAAAUUUAGAAAAUGAGGUAUCACUUCAAUAAGUUGAUGUUGCAUACAUAUAACUCUAUGCUUUUUUGUUUCAAGAGUUAGGAAUAAAUCAUAUUGUUUAAGGAUUUAUUGAAAUAUAAUAACACCUAAAAUAAAAAUAGAUUUAUCUUUCUUAAUUUGUAAAAUUGCUUAAACAGAUUACGAAUUAAUAUAAUGUGUUAGAAGCAUUACUGGAAAUCAAUUUAAUGAAUAAUUUUAGAAAGAUUUGA